AUGGCUACCCCUAGUGUCCUAGCUUUUGACGCUGAGGGUCGCGCCAUUGAUUUUGAGGUCUGGUUAGACGACCUGCAGCUGUUCUUACAGUGCGACAGGGCUGACGACCUUUCUCUCUUUGAUCUCACCUCUGGCGCCUCUCCUGCUCCUGCUGCUGAUGCUGAUCCCGCUGUCCGCUCUAAGUGGGCCACCCGCGAUGCUGCUGCACGUCUUGCUGUGCGUCGCCACCUCCCUACCUCUGAGCGUGCGCACUUCAGUCAGUACAAGAGUGCUCAGACCUUGUACGACGCUGUAGUUGCGCGCUACUCCUCCCCUGCCACUGCUGCACUGAGCCGUCUCAUGCUUCCCUACCUCUUUCCUGACCUCUCUGCCUUUCCCACUGUCGCUGACCUCAUUACGCACCUCCGCACUAGUGACACUCGCUACCGCGCCGCCCUUCCUGCUGAGUUCUGCGCUAAGAACCCCCCCCCCAUGUACAUCGCUCUCUACUACGUAGUCGCGCGCCUCCCUGACUCCCUUCGAGUCGUCAGGGACCACUUUCUCGCAGUCUGUCCCACCACCCUCACCGUCGACCUCCUCGAGAAGGCCCUCCUCGCAGCGGAGAAGAGCAUAGUCGCUGUAGCAAGGGCAAGGGGGGCAAGGGCGCGGGUGGAGCUGGAGGGGGCGGUGGCGGUGGCGGCGGUGGCGGCGGAGGGAGUGGGGGUGGCGGCGGGACUAGUGGCGGGGGUGGUGGUGGUGGUGGCAGCAGCGCCGGAGACGGUGGUGGUGGUGCCAGCGGUGGUGGUGGAGGCAGCGGCGGAGGUGGAGGCGGCGGAGGUGGAGGCGGUGGAGGCGGCAGCGGAGGAGGCAGUGGUGGUGGAGGGGGUGGAUCUGGUCGGGGUGGUACCCAGCAGCGUAGCGGCGGUGGUGGUGGCCAGCGCUCGCAGCGGCAGCAGCAGCAGCGCUCUCGGGACAUCCCUUCGCCUCAGCAGAACUUAA